GCAAAAUGCAGUGUGUCAUUCCGCCCUCGUAGCUUCGAAAACAUUUCCAACAUUAGGGUUUCGUCCGCCCCUUUCUUUCCCACUCUAUCCAACCAAACCCUAGCUUUCGCGGUGCUCCUCCAUGGACGCAGGCGGCGGAGGCGCAGGCGGAGGCGCCGCCGGAGACCCCGGCGGGUUCCACCACAGCGAGGCGAUCUCCGCUGUCCAGGAGGAGGAGCAGUUCUACGGGGAGGACGACGACUACGACGACCUCUACAACGAUGUCAACGUCGGCGAGGGUUUCCUCCAAUCCUCUCACCGCGGCGACGACGCCGAGAGGUUUCCGAGGGAGGAGGAGAGCCGACCCCACCAGGCGCCGACUCCGGCGCCGGCGCCGGCGCCGGUGCUUCCGGCGCCGGUUAACCCGACGGGGAAGGUCCAGGCUCCCGUUAUCGCCGGAGAUACGAAGAUUGAUAGGCCUCCAGCUGCCAUGUACGCCGAGUCUCAUGGACAAGGGUUCAGGGGCGGCGUAGGUGGCGUGCCACAGGGGGUCCCGGCGAGGCCCUUGGCGGCGCCGCCGCCACCGGCGGCGGGUGGAGGUAGGGCUGAUUUUGUGCAGCCUCCCGUCCAGGGGCAUAGUGGUAAUAGCGGCUUCGGCAACGAGGGUUUUCAGAGGCAAGGUGCUACCUUUGGUGGUGAGGGGAGACAAGUGGUACCUAACAUUAAUGGUGGAGGAGGAGGCGAUGGAGGCGGGGGGACUACUCUCUUUGUGGGAGAGCUCCAUUGGUGGACGACAGAUGCGGAUCUUGAGGCGGAGCUCAGCAAGUAUGGGCAAGUGAAGGAGAUCAAAUUCUUUGAGGAGAAGGCGAGUGGGAAAUCAAAGGGUUACUGCCAGGUUGAUUUCUACGACCCGAUGGUGGCAGCUGCCUGCAAGGAGGUGAUGAAUGGGCAUGUGUUCAAUGGUAGGCCGUGCGUAGUGGCAUUAGCUUCGCCAUUUACUGUCAGGCGGAUGGGCGAGGCACAGGUCAAGAACCACCAGGCAAUGGCAGCGCAGUCGUCUGCUCCCUCUCAGAAGGGAAGAGGAGGGGGAGGGGCUCCGACUGGUGGGAACUUUGGGAGGGGUGGAGCUGCCCCUGGCGGCGGCGGCGGCGGUGGAGGCGGCGGCAGCUGGGGAAGGGGUGGGAUGGGGAACCGAGGACCAAUGGGAAAUAUGAGGAACAGGAUGGGGGGCCCGAUGGGUGGCAGAGGUAUCAUGGGUAAUGGCGGCAUGGUUGCACCGCCGCCGCCUCCGAUGUUACAUCCUAAUGCAAUGUUGGGCCAGGGCUUCGAUCCAACUGGCUUUGGGGCAGCUAUGGGGAGAAUGGGUGCUGGGUAUGGUGGGUUUCCUGCAGGUCCUGCUGCCGCCCCUUUCCCUGGAUUGAUGCCUUCUUUCCCUCCUGUUGUUGCACCUCACGUUAACCCGGCUUUCUUUGGUAGAGGAGGAGGGAUGAAUUCUGGCGGUGUUGGGAUGUGGCCGGAUCCAAGCAUGGGCGGUGGUGGGUGGGGAGGAGAAGAGCAGUCAAGUUAUGGGGACGAUGCUGCGUCAGACCAACAGUACGGAGAGGGUAGUUACGGAAAGGAACGAGACUGGUCGGGACCCUCAGAUAGGAGGUAUGAGAGGGAGAAGGAUGUGGGUCCCGGGCAGCAGGACUGGUCGGAGAGAAGGCCGCGAGAUGAUAGAGAACCGGGUAGGGAGAGGGACCGGGAUUGGGAAAGGGAUAGGGAGCGAGAGAGGGAAAGAGAGAGGGAUAGGGAGAGGGAGAGAGAGAGGGAGAGAGAGAGGGAGCGGGAAAGGGACAGAGAAAGAGAGAGAGAAAGGGAGAGAGAAAGGGAUAGGUAUCGGGAUGAAAGAGACCGGCAUGGUGAUCAUUACAGGCACAGGGACCGCGAAUCUGAGCGUGAUAUUGAAUGGGAGAGAGGACGAUCGUCUAGGGCACGAAGUAAGUCGCGAGAAGUUGAGCAUAUGAAGAGAAGGCGUCCAUCAGCUGAGUGAUGUGAGUGAAUACCAACUAUCUUAGUCUAAGGGAAAUUGGCACUGUGGGGCAACAUGCUUUGUCGCUCAUCCUUUUAGUCUCAGUAGCAACUAUAGACAUAGUAGCUUCAAGGCUGUCGGACAAAUCUUGCCAGCAAUGAUUGUGGGGAGCCAUUUGUAGCAGUUAUUGAAGCGCUCAUCAAAGAGCUGCUGCCAUGGUGAAAAGUUGACUUAUGGUGGAAAUUUCGCCAAAUAUUCUGAUACAAAGUUACAACCGCGCACAUGAGUUUUUCUUCAAUACGGAAUCUCAUUUCUGCUUUAACAGCGGCACAGUCAGAACUAGUACCGCUACAAGUUCGGCACCCCCUCAGCUGGUGUGUAGAUGCUGGUCCUAUUCAGUGAGGAAAUUGAGUGAGCACUAGUAGUUGCAUGUAACUAUGGCCCCCAAGACCAAUAUAGUGUUUUCAUCGUUUCUAGUUGAAAACUGACUGUAUUGAAAUGUUUUAGGCGGAUUUACUAUUAGAUGCUUUCUCUUUGUCGAUUAACAUUAAUUGUUUAUCUGCUAUGUAUUUAGGUGUACCAUCAGAAGACACUAAUGUUUAGAUGCUGAGUCUAUCUCUGAUAUCUCUGUUUCUAGGGUGCAUGAGUUUCCCAUGUCUAAGAUGAUGGGAAGUUCACUCGUACUGUUCGAUGUACAAAUUUUGUUGUAUUUUAGUGAAAUUUAGUUCAGCAGAUUCUGAAAUUA